AACCGUCCUUUAAGUAAUGAGCUUUUUACUGUCGCGGUGACGCGUAUACAAACGUGUCUAUGGUUUCAAACUGUCAAUUGAGUUGAGGUUAUGAGUUUAUUUUAAAUCUUCGAUCAGAGUGCGUGAUCGUAAGAUUUAAAUACCCUUUAACACACCAGAAACUUAUCGACCGUCUUAUAAUUUGCAUGUAUUAUUAAAUCUAACUAUUUUAGCCUUCUUUAAUAAUUAUACAUAUAACUGUAAUCAUGUAUAUUUAUAACGUAUCGCGAAUAAGUCGCCACAUAUCAAAAGCUUGUAGCGCCUUAUUUCAACAAAAGUGGAAUUUAUUCCCGUUGUUGUCUAAUCUGAAUAAUGUAAAACUUAUAUCGACUAAUAGAGGAAAAGUUAGAGAAUGGACGUCGUGGAGGAGUAUUAUUACCGGAUUUGUACCCAUAGGUAUUUGUUUAGUAGCUGUAAUGCAAUGGCGUGCUUACAGAAAAAUAUCCAGUGCGCAUUCGGCAAAACAAUGGCAGAUUUCUUGCUAUUGCGCGUUGCCUCUUCGGAUUACAAGUAGAUGUUGGGGUUGGUUGGCAGAUAAAGAGAUUCCUACAUGGAUACGCCCAUACAUUUAUGGUUUGUACACUUCUACAUUUGGAGUUAAUUUGAAUGAAGCUGCAAGUGAGGAUUUCAAAUCUUAUUCCAGCAUAGGGGACUUCUUUGCCAGGCCUUUAAAAGAAGGAGUUCGUACUGUAGAUCACACCACUUGUUUGGUAUCUCCAUGUGACGGAACUGUCUUGCACUUUGGCACUGUCAGUUCAGGAAAUAUAGAGCAGGUGAAGGGUGUCACAUAUUCUUUGGAAAACUUUCUAGGGGAAAAUAGUUGGAAUUCGAGAAAUAAUGUAGAAGAAGACAGUUAUCAAGAUUUAUUAUUGCAUAAAGUGUCUCCAAAUUCAAAACUUUACCAAUGCGUGAUAUACCUCGCGCCUGGAGACUAUCAUAGGUUUCAUUCCCCCACAGAUUGGGAACCAACAUAUAGAAGACAUUUUUCCGGUAAACUACUUUCAGUUAAUCCGGGAAUGGCCAGAUGGUUGCCGGGCUUGUUUUGUUUAAAUGAACGAGCAAUUUACGCGGGAAAAUGGAUGCAUGGGUUUUUCUCAAUGGUUGCUGUUGGUGCGACAAAUGUGGGCUCCAUAAAGAUUUAUUGUGAUAAAUUGUUAGAAACAAAUAAACCAAAGUAUAAAUCUAAAAAUGUAAUGGAUAAAUGUUUAGAUAGUAAUCUUCGUUUUAAGAAGGGUGAUCCGUUUGGAGAAUUUAGAAUGGGUUCAACUAUAGUUAUUAUAUUUGAGGCGCCGUCCAGUUUUCAAUUUAAAUUGAUACCAGGAGAGAAAGUCAAAAUGGGACAAGGGAUAUGCUGUGCUAACAAGGAGAAAUAUGUUGAUCGAGUACAAAAAACAAAAACAAAUGCGUUUAUUCAUGCCACUUAAUGCAGGCUAUUUGUAAAUAAGAUAUUUAUUUUUAUAAGUAUUAAGUCAAUACAUGUACUCAUUAA